UUUUUUUUUUUCAAAUUCAUUCAUCAACAAGCAUAUGGAAUCAUUGACGAUUCAUGAAUUACAAUUAUUUGAAGCAGGCACCAACUCAACAUUAACUGCAACUUAUUUAACAGGCAUCGUAAAAGUCAUUUCUGAAGAUACGGAUGAUUAUGAGAGAGGCACAGUUAUAUUGAUCGAUCAAGCUACUCAUGAAUCAAUCAUGUGUCUUGUUGAUCAAUUUCAUCCAAAUCUAGACAAUUUAAUUUUAUUUAUUGAUAAAUGGAAUUAUAUUUGUUGCGAAUCGCUAGGUAUCUGUUAUGUAGAAUUUCUUAUGGACAACGCAUACAGUUCGCCUGCAGCCAGUACAUCACUGUUACGUGAAUGUUUUGCUUUAGAUGCAGAGAACGUUUUUAAGCAAUAUCCAGAUGAUGUCUAUAGAUUAACAGAAAAUCUGGAUCAACCUCAAAGUAUAGCAGGUAUUGUGGAAGCUAUCUCAACAUUGUUUAUAAAACCUGAUUCACCUGCACAAUUCAUUAUUAGUCUCAAACAGCCUCAUGUCUCCAUUCUUUUUGAAGGCAAUUCAAUCAUUACAUAUUAUGCCAUGUUUAAAGUUGGCCUACCCUAUGCAUUUCAACAUCUAAAUUAUAUAUCAGAUAAAUAUCAACAACCUCUCUUUGCAUUUUUACCAGAAUUAUCCUCAUGUUAUUCUCUCAGCAAAUCACAGUACCGAAAGUUAAAUGACUCUACUACAUCAAGUAAUACCUUUGUUAUAGGAACCAUCACACGUGUCAUCGAUAGUAUGUUUGGUCUUUAUGAAAUCAAUCAAACGACACUCAUUUGCCUGUUUCAUUGCUUGGGAUAUUCACCAUUACGUCCUUAUCGAGUUAAGACUCGCAUUCGUUUACAUCGCUUUCAUGUUGUGUCUUUAAAAGUAACAAAAACAAAAAGCUACUUAUUGGAUAUGCUAGCAUCCAAAACACAUAUUUUAGUGGCUUGCAUGCAAUCCCAUAUAGAUCUGAUCGAUAUACCAAAUCACUGUGAAUACAUUGAAACAGCUAUAGCAUUUAUAGAUCAUCAUAAUCAAUCAACAAAUGAAAUAAAAGCCAAAUUAAAAGAACAUAUAUAUCUGGAUUGUAUCUCUCGGCGUGCUGAUUUUAAACAACUCAUUAGUUGUUUAGAACUUUAUGCCGCUUUAACCAUCAAAUUUGUGCAAAGCUGUUUAAUAACAGAUAUCAAUGUAUUGAAACAAGCAUAUAAUGUUUUGAAGGAGAAGAUAUUCUUGCCCGGUUAUAAUGAGGGUAACUGGCGUGAUCAUUUUUUUUUGCAUGACACAUCCUGUUUUGUAGUUGGCCCUAACACUUAUUCUGUUACGAAUAUUACACUUCAUGUCUAUCCUUCUUUAAAACAUGUAUUGAAAGAGAUGGUUCUUAAACGUCUUAAAGAGCAAGAUUUGAAUUUAGUAGGUAGCAAUACUUUAGCAGAGGCCGAUCAUGUCACCGUACGAACAGCUAUCUACGAACCUAAUGCUAACUUAUGUUGGCUCCUGGGCCAAAUGAAGAUAUUACAAGACGGUCGAACUUAUUUCAUAGACGACAAUGGGAGUGUUCUUUGCUUAGUCAGUGGAUCUAUCAUUCGAAGCGGCCUUUACUUGAUAAAGCGUUUUAAACUCGUCCAAGAAGAUCUUUCCUAUCUGAAAAACACUAGGACAACCCAACCAAGGUGUAUCGACUUAAAAACCACUUAUAUAAUCUGUUGUAAACAAGAUCUUGUUUAUCUAGGGGCUGGAUUGUCCUCUCUCUGGUUUGAAAUAGAUGAAAAAUACAAAGAUGUAGCAGGUAUAAACCGUUAUAGACCUAGUCGACUCAUGUUAGAAUACCCUUAUUGGGUUAUACAUGUCAUCAACAAGUUUCCUAUUCAGACUAUCAUUUCUACAGAUGCAAAAAUAUAUUUAGAAAGUCGCGUGAUUGUCAACGUUUACGAUAUUGAGGAUCUAGGAGAGUCAUGUGAACCUCAAACAUGUGUACUCAUCUUAAGUUCUCGCGACCGUAGCCUCCAUUUCUUUGAGGAGUUAAGGAUAGGAGACUAUUGUGUAAUUCGUGGAAGAUACCAAGGUGAUGAAAUAAAAGAAAAUGGGUCUACGUUACAUUUGCUUGGGGAUGAGCAUGUUAUAUACCCUAUAUUUUAUACAGAGAAACGACAUGAGGAAGCUAUCCGAUUAGAUCCAAUAUUUGAACAUCCAUCCAAGAAGGAGGAGGAGCUUGCUCAUGAUGUGAUUGAAACAGUGGCACUUUAUAAAACUAAUAUCUUGAAUGAAAGGACCCAAUACCAAUUCUGCAAACAGGUUGUUAAUGUAUAUGGAAUCGUGAUUGCUAAACGGUUUAUAGGUGGAUUUGAAGAUCCUCAAUCGAAUCGUAACGCUUUAUCACUUUAUAAAGAUUUUAAUAUUGGCACAGGUCAGGCACAUCGUAAACUGUAUAUACAACUUCGACAACUUGAUACCUUGGAUGUGAUUGAUAUCUAUUUAGAUCCUCAGCAUAUAUAUUAUCCUUUAGGUUUACUUGUAGGCUCUACUGUCAUAUUUCAUAACCUUGUCUGCAAACAUAAGACGGGGGGCUUCUUUUGUUUAGCCGAUCAAUAUACAACAGUAGAGGUAGAUACGAGAGAACACAACGAUCAUCAUAGCCCACUGCAGCUCUCAGAGAUUCCUAUCAGAUCAAUCAUAUCCUCCUUUUCAGACACUAAUCUCUUUCGAGCCUACUGUUAUUUAAGUCACGUUAUCCAUAUAAAUAUGAAAUGGCAAUGCUGUAGGUGCGGCACUGUUAUCCAACGAGGUGAUUGCAAUCGAUAUUGUGAUGGUAGUCCAGGACGUAACUUUAUAGCUAAUGCCCUUGUUGAGGUUGAUGAUGGUCUAGGCACUGCCUCUGUGAAUGUAGAUGGUGAACGACUCCUAUUUCGAUUGUUAUUCGUAAGUGAACAACAGGUAACUGCCAUUAAACAAGCUGUUCUUGAAUAUGGUGAAAUAACGUAUGAUGCUUGGAGGCAAAACAAGGAGCUAAAAGGGGACCAAGAAUCUGCUCACACGAUAAGAUUUAAAAUACAAGACAUCAUCAAAAGAGCUCUGAAGGCUGGUCAUUUUUGGUUAUAUGCUAGAGUUCAACCAUCAAGUAGGCAAAAGCGAAAGAUAACAUUUGAAGAAGAAGACGAAGAAAUUGACAUAUUCGACAAGAAAUUAAAGGCAGUUGAAGUGCAGUUGCCAGAUCCAAGACUUGUGUCUUAUAACUAUUUAAAAGAAUUAGAUGUAUGAUACCAUUUUAUAUAAAAUUGUAAAUAAUUUGUAAAUGACUGAGAGUAAAAAAAAAAAAAGCAAUAAAAUGAAAAAUAAAAA